AAUGUAUUAUUGAUUGUUAAACAACACAUUUAACUGAAGUGUGUCUUAUUUAAUUUAAGCAGCAAUGAAAUUUCUUUGUUUGAGAUGAGUUUAAACUAAAUCAUUUGUUUUGGAAUAAUCAAUAUGGGCAACUGAAAAAGGUGAAAUUGUAGAAGAAUUAUAUCUAAAUAAUGUCAAGACUAUUGGUACUUCAGCUUCAGAUAUUUUCGAUUUGCUAUGGAUAUGACAUGCAAUGUCCAGAUCAAACACAAAGGUCAACACGUGCAAGGGCAAUUUGUGCAGACCCUUUGAAAUACUCCUGUUUGGAUGACUCAUCGAAAACGUAUUAUGUAAACAGGAAAAAGAUAGUAGGUUAUUCUGAGAACUGCACCAGAUUUGACAAAGAAGGAGCAGGUAAAAAGAUGGUUAUUCGAGGAGGUUUGGAUGGUAUCAACUGUGAUAAAUAUCGCUACCAACCGAUUCCCUUCCUCACAAAUGCAAGUCAUCAGUGUUUGUUUCAAAAGACUAUGUGCACGGAAGAAGGGCAGGUGGUAGCAAACGAUUCUAAGACGAAAGCAGAUAUUUCAUGCAGAUGUGAUUACACUAACGGAUAUGGAUUUUUAACUAGACCUGCGCAUUUAUGUUUUUGUAUACCAUCAGAAGAAGAUUGCUCGUGUUACUUGAAGAAAUGCAACUACAAUGAAAAACUUUCAUCUGAAUACCGAUGCGUUAAUGCUUCAAAUGAAGAAAGCGGGUUUAAAUGUUCGAAUGUAAACAAAAGACUGAUUCCAGAUAUUGAGAACAAAUCAACUGUAAAAAAUGUGAAUCAGAACAAUAGUUCAGAGUUAGUUGAUAGGAGAACCUACGUGGUAUAUGUUAUUGUGGGCGGAGUUAUUUUGAAUAUGGUUUUCAUCGCUAUAGUAUGUCGAAGCAUUUUGAAAGAAAGUCGUUAUCUUGAUGAAAAAACUAAAGAAACAUAUUUAAAGGAUAUAAGCUCUGGAACGGAGCGGCAUCGACAUAUUCGGGUGGCUAUUAUUGGAGAGAAGGGUGUCGGAAAAACCUGUUUACUACGCAGAUUAUUAAAGCAAAGUAUUGAAGGUGUUCAAAGUACAGAUGGAGUCAAUAUUGAAAUUUCUAAAUGUAAAAUAAGAUUGAGAGAUGGGAAGUGGGAAUCAUGUAAAGCAAAAGAACAUGAAGCAGUUCAUGCCGAUAGAUUAAAAAGAGCCCUUGCAAAUCAAAAAUGCAUGGAACAGACUCUUAAAACCGAGCUUGCCUUUGAUGCAGAUGGGUAUCAGUCCGAUUCAUCAAUUAGUGGAGAACGACUAAGUAACGGAGACAGCAUAGUUGUUUCAUCUGAUCAAGAGACAGGAGAAAUAAUUUCUGAAACAGCACUUUCUGCUGGUGAACAAGAAGAACAUGGCCCCGUUAAUGCGGCCUUAAAAAAUGACAAUGAAAAUAAAAAAUCAGUGAAUUUUGAAGAGCAGCAGACUGUCAAUAAGAAACAAAUGAAUAAGGAUAUUGACACAGACAAAGUGAUGAAAGGAAACGAUUUGUUGUUAUAUCAAACGCACAAACAGUUUAUUGCAAAUGAUAAUAAAGAGGAGUAUGUUGUUUGUGAUUUAUGGGAUUUUGCUGGAGAAAAAGAAUACUACGCAACACACCAAGCUUUUAUAUCAAGUAGUUGUAUUUUCCUACUUGUUGCAGAUUUGUCAAGUGAUGUAAUGAAUUUUCAAAAAGACGUGACAUCUAAAAGCAGUUUUGACACCAUUGAAGAAUACAUCGAUUUUUGGAUAAACAAUAUUCACUGCCUUGCAAAACCUACAGUUGGAUUAUCAAAAACGUUACUAAAAGAAAAAUUGGAGCCACCAAUCAUUAUUGUUGGGACAGGAAUAGACAAGAUAAAGCCAGAACAGUUGAAGGAAAAGAAAAAGAUAUUUAAAAAAAGGAUCAUAGAUCAUUUAUGUAAUCAGGAAAAGAGAAAACACCUAAGAGCAUAUUUCUUUUUGUCAAAUCUCAAUUCCAGCGAUGAUAUAGUUGAUGAACUCAGGGACAAAAUCUUCAGACACGCAAAAACUAUAACUUCUUGGGAGAAACCAAUUCCAUUAGUAUGGACCUUAUUGGAGCAUGCAAUAGAACACUUACGUCAAACAAAAAGUAUCUUAGAUUUUGAUUAUAUUAUUAAUUUGGCAUCAAUAUUUUCAAUUAAUGGGAAAGAAGGUGUUGUCAGUUUUCUUAACUAUCAACAUGAGAUAGGAUCACUGAUUUUCUUUGAAAACAUUUCCGACUUCGUAAUUAUCAAUCCUAAAUGGCUGAUAGAUGCCUGUAGAUGUUUUGUUACCGACAAGGUGGCUGAUGAAAUAGAGAACUCUGAUGAUUGGGGAGAAUUACAACAAACGGGAAAACUAAGCACUAAACUGAUAUCUAAACUUUUACAAAAAGUCCAAGAAUUGACCGGGAUGACUUCAAGGAAGAAAUUAAAACAAUAUAUAUUACGCCUCAUGACAAAGUAUGAUAUAAUCAUUCAACCAAAUAUCCCAACUGAAAAUAUAGAACACCAAAAGGGAAAACCAUAUUACAUCCCUUGUAUGAUUACUAACAAGGCGACAAUCCAAGAUGUUCAGCACGCGUGCGGUCUUAAUUCGUUAACUCCGUGGGUUCUACUUGAAUUUGAAUUUCUCCCACUUGCUUGCUUUAAUCAAAUCUUUGUCGACUUUGUUAGAAAAUACACCGUUUGUACAAAUAAAAAAUCUAAUAGUGUUGCUUUCUAUCACGGAAUGGGAGUAUUCUAUUUAAACAAAUCCAGGAAGUAUGAAAAAGUAUUGCUAUGUUUCACAGCAAAUACGAUAGCAGUUCAGUUAUGCAAUGUAAGCCAUGACAUUGGAAAUAGAUGUUGUCAAAUUCUGGACGACCUUGAAAGUAAAGUAUCAAUUUUAAAAAAGCAAAGUAAAUUACUCAAUCUAAAAUAUACAAUUAAGUUUAAGUGUAAAAACGGAGAUCCCCAUGAUAAGAAUGGCAGAGUUACAAAGGAAGAUGUAGAAAGUUCUGGCGACAACAAAUACCCUUGUUUUGAACAUGAUAAGGAUCAUUCCACAGAGGGACUUAAGAUGACAUGGUUUAAAGAUAAACUUACAUGCCGAGACGAAAAUAUCAACCCGACAGCUUUAGCAGUAGAUAAAGUCAUUCAGUACGAUGUACGAGUAACAAAGGAGGAUGUUGAAAGUUCUGGUGACAACACAUUCCCUUGUUUAGAACAUGAUAAAGCUCAUCCUACAGAGGGGCUGAAGACGACAUGGUUUAAAGAUGAGCUUACAUGCCAAGACAAAAAUAUUAACCCGACAGCUUCGGCAGUAGAUGAAGUCAUUCAGUACGAUAAAAACUCUAGUUUCAAGCUGAAAAAGAAAAGAAUAUAUGACAUCCAAACUAAUAGCAAUGGGCUUCUUAUAAUCGCCGACGGAAAACAGAAUCAGAUUUUGACUUGUACGUUAUCUGGUGGACAUCAGAAGAAAAUAAAAUUAACUGGCAAUCCAGAUAGCUUUGCAAUAAUUAACAAUGAAAAUAUUGCUGUGACUUUACCAUAUGAAAAAGACAUUGUGUUCGUAGACAUUAGUCAGGGGAUAAUAGUUAAAACAAUACACAUGGGACUAUGUUGUACUGCUAUUGCAUACUUCAACAGCAAGUUUAUUGUUUGCGUCGACAACACAAUCAAAAUAUUAGACAUCGAGUGUACAGUUCACUCAAGCAAACCAUUGCCAGGAUUCACGACAGACGGAUUCAGUGUAGGAAAGAACGGAAACAUCUAUUGUACAGACUACAAUAAGUUGAUAUGCAUGGACAUGGAUGCAAAUAUUCUUUUCAUAUUCACUGGUGUUGAUAACACUAGGCGGCCUCGCGGGGUGACGACAGAUGAUAAAGGAUAUAUUCUGGUAGCAUACGACCAUUCUCACAAUGUUUACAGAGUCAGCCCAGAUGGUUCGAGUAGUCAGGAAAUAAUACAGGAGCUACCAAUAAUUGAUUGGUCUCCUUUCAUAUGCUUUGACAAUGUGACAAAGUCAAUAAUAAUUGGUCGUAAAGACAAGGUCAUUGUUUAUACUAGAACUGGAUCAAUAUAA